AUGGAUCGUGGCACGAGCAGCUCUUUUUGUCGCGCUUGUCCCUGGCGUCUCUCCUCCUUCAAGAUAUCCCUCUCCCCGUCGCCAAUCAUUCCCAUUUUACUUCUCUUCCUCCUUGUCCCUUCUCCUUUCUUUUGUCACGUUCGUUCGUUGAAAACUGCUGACUCCCGCGCCACGAAUCGGACUGUCCAGCCCGAGGAUGAGUUGCAAAAGCUGAAGAUGAUAAGGGCUCGUCUCAAGGACAUCAACAAGCCUCCUGUCAAAAUAAUUCAGAGUCCUGAUGGAGAUAUAAUAGACUGCGUUCUAUCUCACCAGCAACCAGCCUUUGAUCAUCCUCUAUUAAAGGGACAAAAGCCAUUGGAUCCACCAAAGAGGCCGAAUGGGCAUAAUUCGACCGCUACGGCCACGGAGACGUUACAACUGUGGAGAAUGUCAGGCGAGGCAUGCCCAGAAGGGACGGUGCCGAUUCGGAGGACGAGUGAAGCAGACAUGUUGAGGGCUUCUUCAUUUCAGAUGUUUGGGAAGAAAGUGAGUAGACAUCUCACAACAGACGAUUCAAGCAUUGCUCAUGAGUAUGCGGCGGGGUAUGUGAGUGGAGAUCAAUACUAUGGAGCCCGAGCAAGCAUAAAUGUGUGGGCACCUAAUGUGGCUGAACAAAAUGAAUUUAGCCUCGCCCAGUUGUGGGUCAACGGUGGCACUAAAGGCGUUGAUCUUAACACCAUUGAAGCUGGCUGGCAGGUCAGAGAAAACAACUAA